UAUGUGUGCCCUCCUGCAGACUGUGGAGAGAAAACACACACAUAUGCACACACUUGAGGAGAAGAUCUUGAGUCUGCAGUCCCGCAUGACAGGGAGACACAGGACGGUUGAACUAUGUCCUCCUGUGUGGUAAAAUCAAGAGGAAAGAACCCCUACGCGGCGGUCCAGGUGGACCCAGACAGUGAUUACAUCACACCAGGUACACUAGACCUGGAGCAGCUCUUUUGGAACGGCCCCAGUGCUCAGUAUGCACACGUCAACCAAGUCUGGCCUAAUGUCUUCAUCGGGGAUGAGAAGACGGCCCUGGAGCGACCUGGUCUGAAGGAAUUGGGCAUCACACAUGUGCUGAAUGCUGCGGAGGGCAAGUGGAACAACGUGCUGACUGGUGCAGAUUACUACGCUGACAUGGACAUCCAAUAUUUUGGUGUGGAGGCUGACGAUAAACCCACCUUUGACAUCUCCCCGUUCUUCUGUCCGGCGACACAAUUCCUCAGCGAGGCCCUGAACCAACCACAGAACAAGGCGUUGGUGCACUGCGUGAUGGGUCGCAGCAGGUCAGCCACUCUGGUCUUGGCCUACCUGAUGAUGGAGCACAGCUUGACUGUGGUGGAUGCCAUUGAGCAUGUGCGACAGCGCCGCUGCAUCUUGCCCAACCAUGGCUUCCUGAAGCAGCUCAGAGCUCUGGACAUCGCCCUGCAAGAGAAGAAGCUCAGAGUGAAAAGACAGGUGCAAAACAAACACUCGUGAACAUUAAAAAUCUCUAUCUUUUACCUCAUUCUUACUUUUUUUAAAGGAAGAUUUGUGAAAAUGUUUAGAAAUAUGUGGGUACAGUAUAUACAUAUACACACACACACACACACACACACACACACACACACACACACACGUUCUUGUAUUUGUUACCUUCUUCAGACCUCCGAAAAAUGCCUACCUCUUUAGGACCACCCUUUCUAGAUGUAUAAAGAUUUGUAUUUACAACAUUAAUAUAUAAAUACUAUGCACAUAUAAAAAAGCGUGUUGUGAAAAGUGAGUUGGAAAUUCACAAGAAAAAGGUCACAAUUACACAAGAAAAACGUAGAAUUUUGGCAGUAUUAUGAUAAAAGUCGUCAUUUUACUCAACGCAAGUCAAAGUCUUACAAGAAAAACUGAACAUUUGUGCGAUGUUAUGAUAAAAGUUGGAAUUUUACUCAAUUCUAGUCGCAAUUAUACAGGAAAAGCUUAAAUUUGGGCAAUUUUAUGAAAAGAGUCGUAAUUUUACUCGACAAAAGUCACAAUUUUAUAAGAAAACUUUAACAUUUUGGCAAAGUUAUAAUAAUAAUCGUAAUUUUACUUGACAAAAGUCAUAAUUUUACUCGAAAAAUGUCACUGUUUUACAAGAAUGGCAAAACA